AUGGAAGAUUUGAUGGACAUGGACAUAAGCCCCAUGAGGCCCCAGAACUAUCUUUUCAGUUGUGAACUAAAGGCUGACAAAGACGAUCACUUUAAGGUGGAUAAUGAUGAAAAUGAGCACCAGUUAUCUUUAAGAAUGGUCAGUUUAGGGGCUGGUGCAAAGGAUGAAUUGCUCAUUGUUGAAACAGAGGCAAUGAAUUAUGAAGGCAGUCCAAUUAAAGUAACACUGGCAACUUUGAAAAUGUCUGUACAGCCAAUGGUUUCCCUUGGGGGCUUUGAAAUAACACCACCAGUGGACUUAAGGUUGAAGUGUGGUUCGGGGCCAGUGCAUAUUAGUGGACAGCACUUAGUAGCUGUGGAGGAAGAUUCAGAGUCAGAAGAUGAAGAGGAGGAGGAUGUGAAACUCUUAAGUAUAUCUGGAAAGCAGUCUGCCCCUGGAGGUGGUAGCAAGAUUCCACAGAAAAGAGUAAAACUUGCUGCUGAUAAAGAUGAUGAUGAUGAUGAAGAUGACGAUGAUGAUGAUUUUGAUGAUGAGGAAGCUGAAGAAAAAGCCCCAGUGAAGAAAUCUAUACAAGAUACUCCAGCCAAAAAUCCACAAAAGUCAAAUCAGAAUGGAAAAGACUCAAAAACAUCAUCAACACCAAGAUCAAAAGGACAAGAAUCCUUCAAAAAACAGGAAAAAACUCCUAAAACACCAAAGGAACCAGUUCCGUAGAAGACAUUAAAGCAAAAAUGCAAGCAAGUAUAGAAAAAGUGCAUUGAACAGCUCUGGGCACUACAUGUAAAUUAAGCCCAAAGAUGAGGAGAAAGGAAAAGGAGAGACAAAUAUAGUCCAUACUGAGUGUCAUCAACAAUCCAGACUGAAGUCUUCUAUUUAAAUCUCAAUCCCCUUUUCUGAUUUGCCACCCAUGCCUCUUCAGGCUGGAAACAAUCUCACUCUUGGUUCCCUAAAGCACUUUCUUCUGACUGCUGUGAUACAGUGAAGCUUGCCCUUUGCUUUCUAUUACUUGUGCAUUUGCCUCACCUCUGACAAUGUUUUAAAUCACCUUUGUAUCUCCUCAGCUGCUCAAUAAAUAUUUGAAUGAAU